AUGUUCUUGCCCUCUAAGAAGGACUUCAAGACUGCCAUGGAGGUCUUUGCUGUUGUCCAUUGGUUCUUCUUUGUCUUCAUUGUUUCGUUUGCCGUAAUCUUUGUCAACAUCUACCUGAUGGUGUUCACGCGGUACUGGCCUGUUCCUGUGCUGUUGCUCAUGUGGCUGGCUUUUGACUGGAAGACCCCUGAGCGAGGUGGCCGCCGGUUUCUCUGGAUGAGGCGCUGUCACCUGUGGAAAGAAUUCGCUGAUUAUUUCCCACUCAGGCUUUUGAAGACUCAUGACCUCUCCCCCAACCACAACUACAUCCUCGCCUACCACCCUCAUGGGCUCCUGUGCCAUUCAGUCUUCGGCAGCCUUGCCACAGAGGGCGUGGGCUUCUCCAAAAUCUUUCCUGGCAUCACCUGUUAUGUGCUCACACUGGGAAUCAUGUUCUGGGUGCCUGUGAUCAGAGACUAUAUAAUGUCUGUAGGAUCAUGCUCUGUGAGUAGUGCCUCCAUAGACUACCUGCUGACCCAAAAGGGCACGGGCAACAUGCUCGUCACGGUAGUCGGUGGCCUGGCUGAGUGCAAGUACAGCUUUCCGGGAUCCACUACCCUGUUCUUGAAGAACCGGACUGGGUUCAUACGCAAGGCCCUCCAGCACGGGGUGGCGGUAAUCCCUUCCUACGCCUUUGGGGAGGUAGAUCUGUACAAUCAGCACAUUUUCACUCCCGGAGGCUUGGUUAGCCGCUUCCAGGAGUGGUCCCGGAAAGUAACACACAUUUACCCUACUGCUUCGUAUGGGUGCGGCCUCACUAAGAACUCCUGGGGCUUCCUGCCACAUUCUCGGCCGGUAACCACCGUUGUCGGGGAGCCUCUGCCAAUGCCCAAGAUUGAGAAUCCGAGCCAGGAAGUGGUGCACAAGUACCACACGCUCUAUUUGGAAGCUCUACGGAAACUGUUUGACCAGCACAAGACCCAGUAUGGCUUCUCAGAGACUCAGAAGCUGGUGAUAGCUUGA